AUGCCAAAGAAACGUCCCCCACGGCGUCCUACCGACAUGAACAAUACCCACGAAAGCAUCCUGGGUUCCAAACCUUUCGAGUUUCUUGUGGGCCUUGAGCAGACACCAUGCUACAUCUACAGCACACAUCUCGCUCGAUUCUCCCAACCUCUGCAGACGUUGGCCACUGUAGAUUCCAAGCUUGCUUCUGCACAUCUCCCAGAAACUGCGGCAAUCACGUUCCUGCGCUUCGUCGAAUUUGCACACACUGGAGACUACUCAGAGUCGAUACCGAGAGUGUGUCGGCAGAAGUUGGGUGUUGCUAACCCUGCCACAUGUGAACUCAUUGCCACAGCCCAUACCGACCUCACACCAGAUCUCGGUCAACUAUUCAAAGGUGCCAGCUCGAAGUUUCGACCAGUCUUCUACCAGGUUUCUCCUCAGACGGAAGCUCCUCAGAUUCAGAAGGAGAAUCUAGAGUAUUUCAUGAGAACAGGAAACUACAGACACACUGAAACCUCCAUGGGUGUUAUUGAGCAGAUACAACCACAGCACAUGCAUGCAGCAAUGUGGACAUAUUUCCAAACGCUUGCUAUUUCCGAAUCAAACUGGAGGAUCUGGCUGAACGAUGCAGAUGAGACACUGGAUUUUACGCCUAUCUUCCUCUCACAUGCUAAGCUUUAUGUCUUUGGAAAGCGGUAUUCCAUCAACGCGCCACAAGUGAUCGCGCUACGAAAGCUUCGAUGUCAACUAUCGGCCUUCAAGCUUCACCCCUGCCAAAUCAACGACAUUGUGAAAUUGCUUCGAUAUACAUAUGAGAACACCACCGAUUCAGUCACGCAUCCAAGCAACACCAAGGUCUCUCAAGGGAUAGAACCGCUGAGAGAUUUGGUCAUAGCCUACGUGGUCUGCCACAUCGCCGUUAUCAGCUCGAACCGGGAAUACGUGGCACUGCUAGAACAAUCUGGCAAGCUUGGAAGGGACAUCAUAUCAAAGGUCACGAAUUUUUUGUAG